UCACAUGCUCUUCUUCCUUUACCUCUAUCACGUACCAGGUUCCAGCCAUAUUCUCUCUGUCUUCCUCUUAUAUACAUUCAAUUUUCUUAAAUUUCUCUUAACAAUGGAGAAACUAGUAGCCAUUUCGGAGCAAGAAGUGCUUAUAAACUUCGUUUUGAACACCAAAUGCCGUGCUAACGUACGCAUUAUUUCACUCUGCUCCACCAAUUCAAUUGCCUUCAAGGUCCAAACCUCUUCUCCUCACAAGUUCCUUGUUAACCCACCCACUGGAAUCGUUCAACCUUUAUCUCAGACCACUCUCCGAAUCAUACUCAAACCUCAAAACCAACUUCCACCCACUUUCCCCCGCUCUCCCUCCGAUCGUUUCCUCAUCAAAACAGCUCUCUUCAAGCCCACCGAGUCGCUCAACUCUUUCUUCUUGACUCUCCCUGAUGGAUCGACUCAGAAUGUUAAACUUAAGGUUGCCUUCGUCGGUCCCUUUCUUUUAAAGCAUGCAGUCAGUUGUGGCGACAUUAGCGCUGUGAAGGACAUGCUCAAGCGGCAAAAGUCAAUUGUGGCUGAGUUGCCGAAACAAGACUCUGAGUAUCUCUUCCGAGUUGCAACCAAGCUGCCGAACUCGGAGGAUAUGGUUGGCUUGCUGCUCCAGACUGGAUUUAAGAUUGACACACAUGCGAAUCCAAAUGACACGAGUGAGUACUUGAAGGGAUGGAGUGAGCUACACGUAGCAGUGGCGUUUGAUCGGACGGAGGAGGUUUUAAGCCUGCUAAAAAUGAAGAAAUAUGAUUCGUUAGAUUGUAAGGACAAAGAGGGGAAGACGCCGUUACAUUUGGCGGUGAGCAAGGGAAAUAUCAGGUGUGCUAAGAUGUUGCUUGAAUCCGGUGCAAACAAGGAUGCGAGGGGUAAAGAUGGUAGGACGGCGUUAUAUAUUGCAGCAGCGAAAGGUGACCGUCAGAUGGCGAAAAUGCUUAUUGAAAUGGGUGCAGACCCCACAAUCACGGAUGAUCGUGGCCGUUCGUGUUUCGACAUUGCUCGUGAUAAGGGACAGGUUGAAGUAAUAGAGAUUUUGGAACGGGGAGAAGCGGUGUUAACGGCGGCGAGACGAGGGGAUUUGGAUUUACUUGAAUCAUUACUAGAUAAAGGAGCCAAUAUAAAUUACCAAGAUCAGUACGGGUUGACAGCUGUCCACGCGGCAGCCAUCAAAGGCCACAAACAUGUAGUGCUGAUGCUGAUUGAAUUCGGGGCGGCUUUGGGGUACCACGACCAUGAGGGCCAUGAUCCGCUGCAUCUCGCCGUCGAGGGUGGCAGUUCGGAGACGGUUGAGGUGUUGCUUGACAAUGGGGCUAAUGUUAAUGCUGAAAGCAGAAGCGGCGCCACCCCUCUUUACAUGGCUCAAGCUAUGGGCUUUGAAGCUAUCUCGCAGCUGCUCAUUAAAAGAGGAGCAUCUGCCUCUUGCUCCGGCGUCGUUUCCUGUAAAUAACUUGCUAAUGUUUAAUUUUUUAUUUUUUUUUGAAAUUUGCUUCAAAUUGUAAAUCUGUUAUUUUGUUUAUUAUCUUGUGAUUCCGACAAAACUUUUAGGGCAUAUUUGUUUCGGACAAUGUUAGGAAGAUAAAUGAAAUAAAUGAGUUAAUAUAAGAAUAUCA